GCGAGUGGACUUUUCUUUCUUGUGAACAUGGUUGUUCCUCGUGGAAGAAGCUAGCAGCUGAAUAGCUAACUAGCUACCAGUCAACUUAAAAUGUCGAAACAACAGUCGUUUCAUGUGUUUUUAAAUGAGCGCUUAACUUCGGCUGCUGUGGAGAUUUUCGGGGAAGUUGAGAAAACGGUAGUGAAAUACCAGGAGGAGAAUGAUCGGCUACGGAGACUGCUGGAGAUCACAUCAGAGGUUCAACUAUGUAGAACAGACUCCCUGCAGUUCACUGUCUCUGAAGAGGAGGUUCCCCCUGAGCAGCAGGAGUGGAGCCCCAGUCUGGGGCAGAAGGACCGAGAGACCAGAAAGAUGAAAGAGGAACAAGAGGAAGUCAGGACCAGUCAGCAGGAAGAGCAGCUUCAAGGGUUCUUUGAUACCAAAGACUCCACAUUCACUCCUUCCUGUGUGAAAAGUGAAUGUGAUCAGAUGGACCCACAUCAAGAAGCCAUACUAGCUGAACACCCAACUCUCAGUCCACUGAAAACGUCUAAACUACAGUUGUUUCGUGUGUUGUUAAAUGGAUGUUUAACGGCAUCUGCUGCUGUGGAGAUUCUUGGUGCGGUUGAGGAAACUGUAGCAGAGUACCAGGAAGAGAAUGAUCUGCUACGGAGACUGCUGCGGAGGACACCAGAGAUAAAACUAUGUAGAAUAGACUCCCUGCAGUUCUCUCUUUCUCUCUCUGAAGAGGAAGUUCCCCCUGAGCAGCAGCACUGUGAGCAGGAGUGGAGCCCCAGUCUGGGGCAGGAGGACCCAGAGCCCACACAGAUUAAAGAGGAACAGGAGGAAGUCAGGACCAGUCAGGAGGAAGAGCAGCUUCAAGGGCUCUUUGAUACCAAAGACUCCAUAUUCACUCCUUCCUGUGUGAAAAGUGAAUGUGAUCUGGAGGACCCACUUUGGUCCUUGACUCUUCCCCAAACCCGGACUGUGGAGAACAGAGAGAGUGACUCUAAACCAGUGGAUCUGAAACCUUUUGCCACUGUGACCCACAUUAAGGGUCUCUACAUUCCCUGUGACCCUCCAGAUAAUCAAAACAAUGCCUCCAGCCACAGCUCAGCUGUAAGCAGUGACACAGUAGGACUUGACAGCAGUCCACCAUUGGAUCCCAGCCCACCAUUGGAGAAACACUGUUCCAAACCCAGCACCACAUCUAGAAAAACUCACCACUGCCGUGACUGUGGUGAAACGUUUGCUCUGAAAGCUGACCUGCAGAGACAUGUGACUCUCACCAAGAAGAGACCCAGUGAAUGCUGCUUCUGCAAACAACGCUACAAUUCCACCUGUAAACUGAAGGCCCAUGUCCGACUCUGUCACGGUGGGAGACCCUAUACCUGCCCUGUUUGUAGCAAGACCUUCAAACACAAAGGUGGUCUCCCCAGGCACAUGAGGAUUCACAAAGGAGAGAAACCUUUUAGCUGUGGUGACUGUGGGAAAAGCUUCAAUCAGAAGAUGAGCCUAACUGAACAUUUACUGAUUCACACAGGAGAGAAACCAUUUAGCUGUGGUGACUGUGGGAAAAGCUUCAGUCAGAAGGGAUCCCUUACUGUUCAUAAACUGAUUCACACAGGUGAGAAACCUUUUAGCUGUGGUGACUGUGGGAAAAGCUUCAGUGUCAAGGAGCACCUAGCCAGGCAUAAACUGACUCACACAGGAGAGAAAUCAUUUAUCUGUGGCGACUGUGGGAAUAGCUUUAGUCGCAAAGCUUACCUAACCUUCCACAUAUUGACUCACACAGGAGAGAAACGAUUUAGUUGUAGUGACUGUGGGAAAAGCUUCGCUCAGAAGUGGGAGCUACCGAAGCAUAAACUGAUUCACACAGGAGAGAAACCUUUUAGCUGUGGUGACUGCAGGAAAAGCUUUACUCAGAAGGGGGACCUACAGAAGCAUAAACUGAUUCACACAGGAGAGAAACCAUAUAGCUGUGGUGACUGUGGGAAAAGCUUCAGUCAGAAGGGAUCUCUUACUGUUCAUAAACUGAUUCACAGAGGUGAGAAACCUUUUAGCUGUGGUGACUGUGGGAAAAGCUUCCGUGUCAAGCACAACCUAACCACUCAUAAACUGACUCACACGGGAGAGAAAUCAUUUAACUGUGGUGACUGUGGGAAAAGCUUCAGUGUCAAGAGCUACCUAACCAGGCAUAAACUGACUCACAUGGUAGAGAAAUCAUUUAGCUGUGGUGACUGUGGGAAAAGCUUCCGUGCCAAACCCAACCUAACAGCUCAUAAACUGAUUCACACGGGAGAGAAACAACAUGGCUGCUCAGUCUGUGAGAAAAGAUUCACUCGUAAGACUCAUCUGCUGAGGCAUGUAGAUUCCGUCCACAAAGGAAAGAAAGGAUGAAAACGGGUAGAAGAAAGAAAACAAGGACAGAGUGGAAAAACUUCCUGCUUCCAAAAUAACCUAACUAUUCAUAUAAUGACUCACACAGGAGAGAAAUCAUUUAGUUGUGGUUGCUGUGGGAAGAGCUUCAAUCGCGGGGAGACCUUAACCACACACAACUGACUCAAAUAGGAGAGAAACCCUUUAGCUGUGGUGACUGUGGGAAAAGCUUCAGUCAGAAUGGGAUAGUUUUACCAUGUUUUGAGGCUAUAGCAUAAAGUGUGUUCGUAAUUACAUUGCUUACAAACCAUGGAGUAAAACAAUCUUAGCAUUUUUGUAUUUUUAUUUUUUGAAUUAGAAUCAUUUAUUUACAAUACAACAUAUCUCAGACACAUUACAACAUUGUUUGUCGCUCAUCCUGGUGAAAAUAGAUUAAGGGAUGAAUACAAUUGUUUUUUUUGUUGUUUUUAUAUGUAAGAAUGUUAGUUCCCAUCAAGGUGAAUGCUGCAUUUGUGUGUAGUCUACACUGAGUAUACCAAAGGACAUCCAGCCAACUUGCCACAACUGUGGGAAGCAUUAGAGUCAACAUGGGCCAGCAUCCCUGUGGAAAGCUUUCAGCACCUUGUAGAGUCCAUGUCCAGAUGAAUUGAGGCUGUUCUGAGGGCAUA